AUGUUGGUGGAGGCGGAAGGUGAAAGAAGUAGAUCGAAUAUGAAAAUUCAACGAAAAAUAUUAAGGGACGCAAGCAAUCCGCUCGAUGUCGAGGACACAAUGUUUACUAAAAAUUACCGCUUGAAUAAGGCGGCGUUUUUGUACGUCUUAACUGUCCUAAAUGGAAAUGCACGCUCAAUGAGGCCGUGCUCCAUCUCUUCGCUCCAGCGUUUGUCUUCCGUAUUACGUUUUUUUGCGGAGGGUGGGUACCAGCAUGGAGUGGGAAAGGACUUUGACAUUCCCAUGGCUCAAUCCACAUUUUGUGGCGUAUUAAAAGACGUGUUACACACUCUUCAAUGUCACCUAUGUCCUCAGUGGGUGAAUCUUGAUUUAAGCAACGAAGAAAAAAGACAAGCAAAGAUGGACUUUUAUCAAAAAUAUGGAUUUCCUGGUGCGAUUUUAUGUGUAGACGGAACACACAUUAAAAUUGUUGCGCCAGCUAAGGACAAAUUCCUGUAUUUUAAUCGUAAAGGGUACUAUAGCAUCAAUGCUAUGAUUAUAUGCGAUAAUAAAAUGAGAAUUCGCUACGUGAAUGCGCAGUAUCCUGGCAGCAACCACGAUGCUCAUAUUUUUUUUGAAAAUAAAUACCUAAACGGCGAACGAAACACUUGGCUUUUGGGUAUGUGCAUACACAUAUAG